AUGGCUGGCAUUCUAGAACCUAAAAAUAAUCAAAAAUUAGCAAACAAACUGCUUACUUUUGCCAUUAACGGCCUGUGUAACUCUUACUGCGUGAUCGUGGGAUAUUUUCUCGUAUACAAAAUGACUGCAGAAGAGCUACAUAAAUUAACCUUACACAUCAUUGAAGAGAUCGAAAGGCUGUACGAGAAACAAAAGAAACUUUUACUGAAAUUUGUGAAGAAAUUGACAAAUAGGCAUCUUGAGCCUACGAAAAUAGAGCGACAGAAUGUUCAAAAAGCACUUGACAUUUUCAGUAGGCCUUUGGCGGCUGCGCUAGAAGCACUUCGACGAAGGAAAGUAUCGGGUUUUAUGGGUUCAGAAGAAACCAUAUCAUUCAUGUUAAAAAUAAUUAAAUGGUUUGAAAUCCAUGACGUAUGUAACUACACCCAAGCCAUUUAUAAGCGGCUUCCAAAUAAAGCCCCAUUCACCUCUACUGAUGACGCCAGACUGAAAUGGCUGGAAGAUUUCUUAAAGUGGCUUAAAGAGUGGCGUAUCUCCAGCGUCGAAAAGAAUCACUUCCUGACGUCGGAAACGUUUGAAGCAAUAACGAUAACUACAAAAUCAAAGAUCGCAAAAAUUUCGCAUUUGCUGCGUGACGCUGGAUUUACAUUCGUACUAACACGACGGUUCAACAGCGAUAACCUCGAAAGAAAAUUUAGCGCUCUGCGACAAGCGAACGGCAGUAAUUACAAUAUGGAUGCAAAAGCAGCUAUUUAUGGUUUAGAAAAACUAUUGCGCACGGGGAUAACCUACAGUGCAAUGAACUGCAAUGUACCAUUGGAACGAGAGCAGCAAAACAGAGGAAAUGGAAAAUUCAUACGUACAACUACACUGAGGAAUCCGAAAAAGAGAGCUCUUGAUUUCCUUUCAGCUCUCGGAAUAGAAGAUCGUGCAGUAUUGGAAGAAUUGAAAAGGCCACCAGAUUACGGUGGUAGUGAUUGUGACGACAAACUUGUGACUGCGGUGACUGCCGGAUUUCAUCUUUUGGUUAUUGAGGAACGAGAGAUUUGUGUGGCAUGUAGAGAAGGCCUAAGGCACACAGAUAUUCAAGAUCCGCAAGCUAACGCCGUUAAUACUGUGAAUGAUUGCCUAAAUCGUGGAGGAUUAAACAUUCCUUCAAAAGAAUUUGUUCAAAGAAUGUGGACCAUCUACAGAUUUGUUGAAUUUGCCUUAAAGAAGCUACACAACACAAGGAAGACUCGUGAAGAUCUCAUCAGUUUUCUUACCCCACACAUUGCUGAUUGUUCCACCUUUUGCUGUAGUCGAGGAAAGGAAAUGCCUGCUGGAAACAAGCACAAUGAACAGCUUGCGAUUCUAAUACUUUGGAAGUUCAUUUAUCCAAUGCUUAAUGGCUACGCAGCAACACUAACUGAUUUGCAGACAAAGGCACCUAUGGUUGGCAAUAAAAAAGUUGUCAAUAGAAAAUUUAAUACACAUUCCAAAUGA